AUCCUUUUACAAAGAAUGGCUCUGGAAAAUGCUUCUCUGGUCACUGAGUUCAUCUUGAUGGGGUUAACAAACGAGCCUGACUUACAAAUACCCCUGUUCCUACUCUUUCUGUUGACUUACUUGAUAACUACCUUGGGGAACUUGGCUUUGAUCCUGCUGAUUGUUCUGAAUUCUCACCUUCACACUCCCAUGUACUUUUUUCUCUUUAAUUUGUCCUGGCUAGACAUUUGUUAUUGUUCAGUUGUUACACCGAAAAUGCUGAUAAAUUUUGUACUAAAAGAAAAUGUUAUUUCUUAUGAGGGAUGCAUGACACAGUUCUACUUCUUUGCCUCUUUAGUCAUUUCUGAAUUUUAUGUGCUGACAGCAAUGGCCUAUGAUCGCUAUGUGGCCAUUUGCAAUCCACUUAUGUACAAUAUUGUCAUGUCUCCUAAGGUGUGUUGUAAUCUUAUGCUUGGUUCAUAUUUAGUGGGAUUUUCUGAUGGAAUGAUCCAUACUGGAGGUCUCCUGAGACUGACCUUCUGUGAUGGAAACAUCAUCAACCAUUAUUUUUGUGACUUCUUCCCUUUGCUCCAGCUCUCCUGCACCAGCACCUAUGUUAAUGAGAUACAGAUGUUCAUUUUUGCAGGAAAAAACAUCAUUGUACCCACUGUCCUCAUCUUUAGCUCUUAUGGCUUCAUCCUCUCAAGCAUCCUCAAAAUCAGAUCCACAGAAGGCAGGUCAAAAGCCUUCAGCACAUGUAGUUCUCACAUAAUAGCUGUUGCUCUGUUCUUGGGAUCAUGUGCAUAUAUGUAUUUAAAGCCCUCCACAUCUAGGUCUUUGGACCAGGGAAAAUUAUCUUCUGUGAUUUAUAACAUUGUAACCCCCAUGAUGAAUCCAUUAAUCUAUAGUCUUAGGAACAAAGAUGUUAAAAUUGCUCUGAAAAAAACUGUAACCAAAAGAAAAUUUUAA